CAUUGUUGGCAAGUGCCGAUGAGCCUCGCAGAGGAGUGAGGAGCGGCGCUAGGGCUGCGGCAGCGGCAGAGCCCCGCCGUCACGUCAACCCGGGAGAGGAGGGCAGCGCUCUCUAUGCGGGGUGACUGCUGCUGACUGAUUUCACCGCCACCUUUGAAGGGAAAGAAGAAAGCAGCCGGGAGGUGGGAGAUGGCGGAACACAUGAUGGCCAUGAACCACGGGCGAUUCCCCGACGGCGCCGGCGGGCUCCACCACCACCCCGCGCACCGGCUGGGCAUGGGGCAGUUCGCCGCCCCCCACCACCACCAGCAGCAGCAGCAGCAGCCGCACGCCUUCAGCGCCCUGAUGGGAGACCACAUACAUUACGGAGCGGGCAAUAUGAACGCGAGCGGCGGGGUCCGGCACGCCAUGGGGCCGGGCGGCGUGGGAGGGGGGCACCCGGCCGGCAACAUGCCGCCCCCCGCCCGCUUCAGCGGUUCCCAGUUCAUGGCCCCCCCCGUGGGCAGCCCGGGAGGGCAGCUUAGCGCCAGCAUGCAGUUGCAGAAGCUCAACAACCAGUACUUCAGCCACCACCCGUACCCGCACGGCCACUACGUGCCGGACUUGCACCCCGGCGGCCACCCGCUGAGCGGCGGCGGACAGCAUUUCAGGGACUGCAACCCCAAGCACGGCGGCGGAGGCAGCGGCUUGCCGCCCGCCGUGCCCCACGUCCCCGCGGCGAUGCUGCCGCCCAAUGUCAUAGACACUGACUUCAUCGACGAGGAGGUCCUCAUGUCCUUAGUCAUCGAAAUGGGGCUGGAUCGCAUCAAGGAGCUGCCCGAGCUGUGGUUGGGACAGAACGAGUUUGACUUCAUGACGGACUUCGUUUGCAAACAGCAGCCCAGCAGGGUGAGCUGCUGAUUCAUUUCCAACAAACAAAGGACUUUCUAGCGGUGCGAGUGAAAACAUUCCCCCCAACGCGGUGUCUCACUUUUCGCUGCCCGAAAAGGUGAGAAUCUGGAAAGCAGAGUAAACUAUGCGCUUGCGUAAACUCUUUUUUUUUUUUUUUUUUUUUUUUUUUUUUUUUUUUUUUUUUUUUUUAAUUGCUGCCACUUCUUAUUUUUGUAGCCUCGACAUUCACGUGUCCUCUCCCCCCCACCUCUCCCUCCCAUCCUUCCCCCGUCCCCCCGGGGAUCAUUCUCAUCGAACUGUGCCUUUGGGCGCUGUUUGCCCCCUUCCUCUCUCCCGGUUUCCUCGCAGGAACGUGCCCAUCACUCCCACCGUGCUGAACAGAUAGAUGUUAAUCUCGGCAAACUGCUUGAUCUUGGGGAUUUUGGAAACGAUGGUUUCUAGUGACUCGAGCUGCAUUUAAAUUCUGAGGGAACAGGGAAAAAGGCAUUCGUUGGUUGCAUGAACUUUGAAGGGCAGAUACUACUGCACAAAUGCUGCCAUCUUGCUUAAUUUUUAACUAUGCAUCGCAGUGCAGGCUAAUGAAUACAUUAUUUUAUUUUAUUUUUCGGAUAUGCUAAACUGGAAGCUUAGCAGAUGUGGGCCAAACCUUUCCAGAUCAGAACAAGUGAUACUAUUACUUAGAGUCUGCUGCCCAUUCCCCCUCCCCCAUGUGUACAGACAAUAAUAUGGUGUGGAUGGAAUGCUGACUAGUGGCAAACAUUUCACAGGUCUUCUUUCCAUCUCUCUUUUUUUUUUUUUUUUUUUUUUUUAAUUUUUAUUUUAGUUCUAAUUAUUUU